CAUCGUCACCUUCACCUCUCGUCAACAACAGCACCCCUUCCCUUCACAACAGCAUCUCCUCCCUCAACAGCAUCUCCUUGCUUUCAAUCUCCCCUCAUCACUCACGAUGACAAACGAACAAACGCCUCUCCUCGUCGACGUCGGACACCCCUCAACAAACCCGGCCGAAGAGACCAACCUCACGAGAUUUCGCAAUGCGAUCGGGAUCAACAAAGGCGUAAGCGGCCCGCAAGACCUCGAGGCCGCCCGAAAGAGUGCCCACGGUCUCUACGCGGAAGUCAUCAAGAAUGCAACGAUGAAGAGCCGCCAAUACCACAUUGUAGAAGGGCUCUACUACCUCGCAAUCGGGGCCAACGUCGUGAUCGGCGCGACACUCGCAGGUCUCGGACCCUCAUCGAAACUGCACCCUACGGCCAUCACAGUCUUGGGUAUUGUGAACACCAGCACUGCAGGUGUGCUUGCGUUGCUCAAAGGACAAGGACUUCCGGAUCGCUUGAGGAAGGACGAAUACCAACUGCGCAAAGUUCAGGAUUUCAUCGAGGAGACAGACAUCAGGCUGGCGGUUAUGCCGAAGGAUGCAUUUACGAGCGAGGAGUUGGACCAUGUUAUACAGCAGGUGAUUGAGAAUUACAAUACGGCGAGGGAUACGACGGAGAUGAAUCGGCCAGCUAGCUAUGCGCAUCAGCCGGGGCAGACGAUCGGGGGCAGGGUGGAUGGCGCGGCUGAUGAGGGUGGUUCGAACUGGAACAAGUCGACGUUGAACCCUGAUGCGAACGGGAAGGGGAAGGCGAGGUUCAUUAUUGAGUAGAAGUGUUGAGGGAGUGUGAGCGUUCUAUACCCGCGUUGCUGUUGGUUUCCUUGCUUUGGAAUGUCAGAUUUUAUUCUCAGACCGGCCGGAAUGCGUCUUGUGGAACGGGUCCCGGUGCGCCACACUAUCAUUUUAACAUAACGAUCAGAAGCUCAAUUAAUGAAUGGUACCAAGUUCGAUUUCACACAUAGCGUCCCAGCCUCACAAACAAACCCGUCCAUCCCAGGUUCCCCUUGCACAUCCAACAUCCUACUCCCUAUCAUUCUCAUUAAAAACCAAAGCCCUAACCUCAAUACUCUCCCUCGUCACCUCAUUCUCCCUCUCCUCGUCAAUAAACGCACUAUGCGGCACCCGUCGCGCCUUGCCAUCCGUCUUACUAUCAAAACACUU